AUGCAUGUCAAUAUAGCGAACAAUCGAUGGGCACUUAAAGUUCUUUAUAAUCCUCUAAUGUCUAGCCAAUCAACCUUUAUUAUUCAAACGAUUCCAAGUUCUCGAACGACUCGACCUCAAACAAUUAUCGAGAUAAAUUCUUUUUUCGAAAGCAAUUCUCUCGUUGUCGUUCGACAACAUCUGUUAAAUCAGACCAUCGCAACCAUCAUACAAUCGACAAUUUCGUCAGUAGAUAACAAUCCGAUACUCACAGCUGACAUCAUUGCUCAAACAAUUGAAUAUAAUUCCUCAUCCCAGUCAUCUCAAUGUUCGAUUUGUCUGGGAGACUUUGUUCAAUCAGAUAUACUUCUUCAGCUAACAUGUAAGCACAUCUAUCAUCGUGAAUGUCUUCUUCAUUGGCUACAAACGCAUUCUCGUUGUCCGUACUGUCGAUUUAUUGUCUAUCAACCACCCAUAACACCGCAUCUUUUUCUUGUACGACAAACAAUAACGUGA